AUGUCGACAGACGCCUCCGUCCACGUCCGCACGACCUCCUCACCCGACCAACAAUGGCUCGACAGCUUCAUCUCCCUCCUCUCACGCGCCUACCUAGCCACGCCCCUCACCACGGCCUUCAUCACCGAGAUCGACGGCAGGGAUCCUUCGGCGGAUCGCUCCCAAGUAAUCACCCCCUCCCGCCUCUCCAAGCACUUCACCCUGGGCAUCACCGCCGCGGCGAAAUCCAACGUCGUGCUCUGCGAAGCCGGCGAUUUCGCGGCCGCCGCGCUCUUCGAACCCCCGGACUUCUGCGGCAUCCCGCCCUCCCAGGCACGGCGCAACCCGGGGCCCAUCCUGCAGGAGUGGCGGUCCGCCGCGCGGAGACUGAAGGCGAAAUACCUCAGCAUCCCGGACAGCGGGGAGCACAGCUACGACCAACCGGCCGCGCCGAGCCAGUCGAGCGGCGCGCCCAGCGAGGAUCCCUACCCGGCGGACUUUAACAAGGACGUGGACGUCGAGACGCGGCCGUUUUAUCAUCUCGCGAUGAUUGCGAGGGAUCCUGAUGUCCCCGCGGAGAGGGCGACCGCCGCGUGGCGGGCUUGUAUGGAUUACUUCUUGGGCAAGGCGAAGCGGGAGGGCGUGCCUGUGUGGUUGGAGACGGCUGCCCAGAAUUCCAGGGACGAGUAUGAGAAGUUGGGGUUCCGGGUUUGUGAGGAGGUCGUGAUCGGGAAGGGCCGCGUCGAUGGGAACGGCUGGCCGCAGCAGGGGGGCGAGGGGGUGAGGACGUGGGCCAUGAUUUGGGACGAGCAUUUGAAUUGA